GAGAGUUGGAGAGACACCUGGGACAGGCUUUUCGAGCUUCAGAAAAAGCGGGGCUGGCACUGGGUUGCCACCCAUAGUCGGGAGAUGUAUGGGUUGUGUUUUGUGUGUCUUGUUUGAUGGAGCCGCUGUUGCGAUGGAUCCGAAAGCCUGACGCAACUCGGCAACUCCGUCGUUUGAUUGUACAAGAGGAUGGCAGAUAUCCCAAAUCGGUUCAGCGCUUCAGCGACACAAGAAAUAAGACGGUAUCCAAUCAUUCAGCUUCAGCCUUUCAAGAGGAGAUAUUACAUCAGCGUCAGAUUCAAGACAAAAGACGGUACCCACACAUUCAGCUUCAGCCAUUCAAGAGGAGAUAUCACCUCAGCGUCAGAUUCAAGACAAAAGACGGUACCCAAUCAUUCAGCUUCAGUCAUUCAAGAGGAGAUAUCACCUCAGCGUCAGAUUCAAGACAAAAGACGGUACCCAAUCUUUCAGCUUCAGCCUUUCAAGAGGAGAUAUCAUCUCAGCAGUCAUCCAUUCAAAAGUCUAUUGUGGAAUCGGGAAUCUCAAUGUUCACACCACAGGUAGGUCCACCUGGUGUCACCUCUAUAGAGGACCCGCCAUCCCCUACGGCAUCCUACUUUAGAUUGCUCAUGCGCAUUCGAGAAGCUUGAGAGCAUUGGACAAAACUGAAGGGGUCUAUGCGAUCGAUGCGCGCAAGAAAAGCCGUCUUAAGUUCUUUUUCAGCGAGCUUCCGGAAACCUCCAGACUCGCAGGAUUGAUCGCCUGUUUUUUCUCCGGCUCGUGGUAUUCUUAUCAGCUUCCAGGGUCACGUGACAUUCCUGCGUUGCCCGUGCUAUCUUCCUUCGCCCGCCUUUCACCUACCAAACGCAGAUCAAUUCAUCACGUGGGCGGAACUCCACGACUGAGACGCAUGCCUGAUACAAGACUCAAACUGGGCCCGAACUCGCGACGGUACCAAAUUCGCACCCGCAUACUUCAGGGCUGGUCUGCUAAAGCCUUGUGCAA